AUGUAUGUUCUUCGUGAGCGACCUACUCCAUUAUAUAGCCUUACAACAGUUGACAACGUUGCUGAUGGUGCAAAAGAUGGAGUUGUUUCUUCUGUAACACGAGAUUCUGACGGAAAUUCAUUCAUUUCAUUAAAUUAUACUCAAUUUCCACACUCAGAAGUAGAAUUAGAUAACUUAACUGAGUUUAAUACGGCACAUAAUCGACGGAUUUCAUCACUUACUGAUAUGUCUGCUGGUGCGGACGAUGCUAGUAGGCGAUCAAAGCGAAAGAGGCCCAACCAAUUCGUCCACUUCAACGACACAGACGAAGUCAUCAAUCCCGAAGAUGUCGAUCCAAACGUCGGUAGAUUUAGAAAUCUAGUUCAGGAGACUUUUAUUCCAAAUAAGAGAGCGAAGGGCAAUCACGAAGGUGCAAAUUUAGGUGUAUCCGAAAAAGAGGAUUUAAGUUUCGCCGGAGGUGCAACUAGCAAUGGCCGUCUCCUUCAGCCUUCAGCUGCCUCUUCCGUCACUUUUGCUCAGUCAGCAAGUGUUUUGCCUCUCACUCCAAGCGCUCGCCUGGCUACACGCCUUGGUCUUCCCCUUCCAAACUUAGCCCCUGAGGUCGAUGAAGGGGAAGAACCUAAGUUACCGGCUUCAUUGCUAUUUUUGCAUUCUCAUGUGCACCCAAAAGAGCGUUCAAAUGCCAUUGAUUCUACUACUGGUCCCUCGAAUGCGCUGACUUCAGCUGAUAUCCUAGGCAAUAUGCCUGGGUCAGAUUUAGACCAUGUUGGACCUACAGAUACUGCUAAAAGACAGAUGGUAACUUCUUCUGUAGAGGAAAAUGCACCUAAAAAGAAAAAAUAUGCAAAAGAAGCUUGGCCCGGGAAACGGCCUGGCUUUUUGGUUGGACCAUCAGCAUUUGAGCUACUUUCUCAGCUCAUUUGUAGUUGGCGAUUUCGCCAAGCCUCAAUCGCAUCCGCGAGCUUCGUGUCCAGUGUCCUUGACAGUGGAGUAAAUCUCUUCGCCUACAAUUCAUUACCUUGUUUUUUGUGUCAAUAUUACAUCCGACGCUAUCAGAUAUUCCGCUAUAUCGGUGUACUGUGUGCUAUUCGACUACAUUUUAUAAUAAAAUUAAUGGGUUUGGUGCUCGCACAUACGGUUUUGAAGUCCAUCUUGCACCACAGGCCAUGUGAUGCCAUUUGCGUAACAUCAUUGACCUUUGUUUGUGUCUCUCCACUAUUCCUUGGCAGCGGAGACCUCGUAUUGGCUCUUGAUUCACGAAGUGCUCGUCUUGAUGAAGCAGCACUUGUGAUUUCUGGACUCCGUUCACAAGAAUCCAAACAGCUUUCUGAAAUCGCCUCAGAAGACGCGAUCUCGCCUAUCCGAAUUUUAUCCGGUGCGGCCUCAACCCCAGUCCCAUAUUCAUCCACUUUUGGCAUUAGUGAUCUUGAGUUGGAUUCUCUAACGUUCACAUCGAGCGUUGUCGACCCGGAAGAUGACGAUUUUUUUGUCUCAGCCGAGGAGGAUGAUGCUCAUGCCCAGCACCAUCUUGAUAAACAUGAGAUAGAGAAAUAUCACUCUGAAAUGCAGCUUCAUACCAACGAACGUCUUGAAGCAGAUAUCUUACCAAAUCACCUGGGCAUGGCUGCUUCUAUCGAUUCCAGACGGAGGGCUUUUCGUCGCUCUUUAAUUAGUUUCAAGCGAUCUCCUUCAUUAGCUCAGGGUAAGCAAAUGGGUGGCGUAUUCCCAAUAUAG